CUCACACGCCUCAAAGGCCCACACACCGGCGACUGCCACUGCCCAUUCUGUCCCUUCACGGCCGUCUGUUGACCUGCGCAGACGCUGCCCCAAUGCUGUCCCAACCCCAUUCCGCUCUCUACUGGCACCCGCAUGUCACUCACUACAACAUGGAGGCGUUCGUCUUCGUCUCGUCUGGCUGGCUCAAGACAUUCUUCGUGCUCUCUGCUCUCUUUUGGGUCGCUUACCGCGGCUACCAGGUGCUCUCCAAGCCCGUCGAGGAGCUCGUCGCUCUGCUCGGGCUGGAGGUGCCCGUUGCGCCCAUCGUCUCUCUUGCUGGCAUCAGGGCGGACGGCGUCCUACUGCACUGGAAACCGCCUGACGCGCGCGCCUCUGUCUUAAAAUACGUGAUUCGGAUCAACGGCAUUGACAUUGGCGAUGUCUCACCCCAAGAAACCUCCGUUACCAUUGAAAACUUACAGCCAGAUCACCACUAUCUCAUUCGUAUCGUCACCCUCAACUCGGCCAAUUUCCAGGCUCCGAGCAUCCCUAUCCGACUAAGAACCCUGCCGGCCUCCUCAGAGCAGUUCUACAAUACCGUGCCGCACAAGGAGGCCGACGAUGGCGGCGAUGAUGACGAAUAUACUCCGACCCCAAUCAUCCGGCCAAAUAAGAAUCUGGUGGACAUUAUUAUUCCUCCUGUCGCUGCGCCGCCCAUGGCUCGCGAACAUAGCAAUAGCACGUCGCGAGUGAGACGGGUGGAAAUUGGUCGACGCAACUCCCCAGCAUCGCAGACAGCUGACCAGGCUCGCUCUGCCAAGGAGGAGGCCGACUCCAUGGAAUCUAUAAAGCAGCUGACGGAAAGGCUGGACAGUCUCCGGCGCGAGAUUGACGACAUGGAGAAGCAAAUCAAAGAGGAGGAAGACGAGUUCCGGGCCAGUAAAGUCUCGCUGCUGGAAAAGCGGGACGAGAAGAAAGCUGCGCUUAAAGAGAAGGAAGACGCUAGUCGGGAUCUACGAAAAGAGGUCGCAAGCUUAGAGAGGCACAACACUGCUGCGCAAACCAGGAGAACGCAGCAGGAGAGAGUGCUUCGCCAAAAGGAGGCGGAGAGGAAGAAGCUGAAGGACGACAUGGCACGGUGGGGAAGAGAGGCUGGCGACCUGCGGGCUGCGGUGGAGCGUAUAGGGAAAGAGCGAACCAACUUGGAAGCCACGUCCGAGCAGAAGAUACAGGCGCUCAAAGACAAGCAUGCCGACGAAAUUCAGACCAACAAGAGCCUCGAAGAAGUCAUCCGUGAAAAAGGCACUCAAAUCAAAGCCCUAGAAGAGGAGAGGAAGAAGCUAGAAGAAGGCGAGGAAGGGGGAGACACGCAAGAUGGGCCUGACAAUGCUGAAAAAGAAGAAGACAGGCAGUGGGUGCUCACGCUCAACGCCCUCCAACAGCGUUAUGCCCAAGCCUGGUCUUUGUUCACAGAAGCCGAACGUGCUAGUCAAGAGGCUUCGAAUAGGCUGACCUUCCUCCAACAGCGCCGCCUUAGCCAGCCUCAGAUGUUCAAUAACCCACCUCCUCCCGAACUCGUUCCUGGUAGGAGAAACAGCCACCGAUCAAGGCCUGUCAGUAUGCGCGAACCACUGACGUCUGCAGCACCUGGCGGUUUCGUACAUUCAACGGCCCCCCCAUUCAACGCAAGUAUCUCGAGUGUUUCGCCAACGUUCCCCAAUGCCACGCCAUACUUCAACAUCAACAAUGGAAUGGCUCUCCCGCCGCCCCGUAACAACCUCAACAUAUCAUCAUUUCCCCAGGCUGAGAUGGAGAUCCUCACUGGAGGCGCACCGAUGAGUCCGACUGCAGGUGCACUACUACCUUCUGGGCUGUUUGAAAAUGAUACAGGUACCACCGAUACCGAGGACGAGGACGAUCCGGGACCACCACAGGCACCCUCGAACCCUUCGCCCAACCUUCGCAAUGUUCUCCCUGGUCUCGGUGCUCCUGGAACACUAGAUCAGGUUCAAAGUCCCAGUUCGCCAGUCUCAAUACAGAGCCGCUCUCCGAGUGUAUUUGCCAGCCCCCGAGACAGUGCUGGACAGUUGGCGUACUAUCCAACUAAUGAAAAUCAGACCCUUGUUGAUAGUGACAAACGCUCGGUACGCUCAACAUCUAGCUCCUUCAUCACCAAUGCACAGACCACGCGAUUUGGAAAUAUAUUUGGUCUAAACCGCCAGCGAGGCAAGACUUUCUCCGAUCAAGGCCCCCCAUUAGGAUCCUUAAAGGCAGCCCAGAGUCAGUCGCUACCUAGGCAAGAAGCCUCCGGACUUGAUCCAAUCGGAUCGUCACGACGGCGCGGUAGUCAUUCUGGAGGUGCGUGGUACGAUGCAUUCGUCCGCACCUCGAAGACUCAGCCAGUCGAGUCAUCUCAUAGCCCCAAACAUGUAGCUACACGGAAGCGGCCGUUUAACAUGUUUGGUUCUAAGGGUGACCCUUGGCUGACUGCUGCUCUAGGAAUGGACAGGCCUUCAUCUCCUCGUCAAGACUCCUCCAAGUCUUCGGACCUCAAUCUCCUUCCCAGGCCGUCUACAGAAAGUCAGACCUUAUUCGGUUGGCCGGUUGAUAAGUUUGGCGCCCGAGGGAGCCCGCUUGGAGCAGAUUGGAGUACGGGAAACCCUACAUCCUGGUCAAGAAUGCCAUCACGGCGACCUUCGAUGCAGCACGGUUCGACUGUCAGUCUUGUGCAUGAGGACCUAUUGCUCGGUGACACUCCGGAUUUUCCAUCCACCACCAGAUCACCAACUCAGGCGCCUAUUGGAACGCGUCCGCAAUCGUCAGCGUCAUAUAUUCCUCCAGGAGGUCCGAUUCCUCCAACGCCGCCCAAGCAGCUCAAUCCUGCUGCGCCAAACUUCACCAGCAUCUUCUUGAAAAAGAAGAGUGAUGAAGAUAAAGCUAAGAAGGCGGCUGAGAAAGAGGCAAAGAAAGCUGAGAAGGAAGAAAGAGAGAGAAAAAUCAAAGCUGAAAAGGCCGAGAAAGCUGCUCGUAAGGAGAAGGAGAAGGAGAGGUUGAUUGCUUCAGAGACGGCAGCCAACGACUCUGGGAAAGACACAUCCUCACCAUUAGCCCCGCGCCAAUCGCGAGAUAAUCGAUCCAUGUCGACCGACUAUGAUGACUCGAACGCUUCACCACGCGAGUCUUUGGAGAGGUCUAUUUCUCAGACGCCUUCAGAAUCACAAGCUCAUGCUAAUGCUUUUGGGAAAGAAUCGUUCAUACAGAAACUGUCGCGGAAGAGCAGCUCGAGCCAGUUCUUGCAGUUCGGGAAGGGCAAGACGUCACUGUUCUCCAAGAAGACGAACGAGGCGGUAACUCCAGAUGAAGCGGAGGAGGAGGGAGGUUUGCUAGUCAGGAGUGUAGACAGCCCUGGGAACAGCCCAUUGAUUGGCACACCUAAAGAUAAAACAAGUGCCCUGAGCUGGAGUUCGAUUAAACGGAUUGGCAAGAGAGGUGAUAAGACGCCUAGCCUGCAUGAGAGUAUUACGAGUGAGGCUACUGGUGACGAAGACGAGGACGAGGGCAUCUCUGAUGGUGUCAUGAGCACGGCAUGAUUGGAAAGCGUUUCCAGUAAAAGCGACAGGUGCUCUCUCACCUGACACUGCUAGGUUGGAUAUCUCAUGGCCUUUGGAUAGCAU